UCCUGCAGGAGAAGAGGAAAGAAGAAAGAAAACACGAGUAAAGUCACUUUUUUUUGUACCACAGCAUCUCAACUAUCAGUUGAUCACACAUUUGUCUACAGACCUGCUGUGUGAUUGAAUGCAUUUCUCUGUGCUGAUGGUCGCUGCUGCUCGCUGCCGCUCGCCCUGGAGUCUGCAACACUUAUGACUAAUGUGGUUUCUUAACACACGCCCGCAAUUCACUGAAGCUGCUCUUCAGGUUUCUACAGUUUAGACUUCAAAUCGUCAGGAUGACGCGGAUUUUCUGGGAUACAAUUUUUCUUAUAAGCGGUUCCCUCUUUACAUUUGGAGCAGGGCCGAGCAAUUCAACAAUUAUUGAAGCUCGUAUUUCCAUUGAUACAAACUCCACGGCUGCUCCAAAUACCUCCACAAGCAGCUCUGCAACAACCAGCAGCGCGACGACUACAACUGACAUCCCUACGGUUAAAAAUUCCCUCUUUACAUUUGAAACAGGGCAGACCAAUUCAACAAUUAUUGACGCUGGCAUUUCCAUCGCUACAAAUUCAUCUGCAGCUCCAAACACCUCGACAAGCAGCUCUGCAACAGUCAGCAGCAGAAGUACCACUACCACAACUAUUGCAACUACUACCACUAGCAUACCCCCAGUUAAAAAGUUCGUGGCUGCAGCUGUUCGGUCUCAUUUCGACGACUGUCCAGACUCCCACCGCCAUUUCUGCUUCCACGGCACCUGCCGCUUCCUGAUAUUAGAGGAGACGCCUGCAUGUGUGUGUCAUCCAGGCUUCGUCGGGAUGAGGUGUGAGCAUGCAGACCUGCUCGCUGUAGUAGCAACUAAUCACAGACAACAGACCGUUGCCACAGUGCUGGUGUUGUGUGUUAUUGGGUGUGUUCUGAUCAUGGUGUUGUGCACACUUUUACAUUGCUGGUGGAGGCAGGACUGUCGCAGGCGGAGUCACGCACAUCACUACGUCCCGGAGAAGCACAUAGCAUCUUGCUAUCCAUCUGAGAGCGUGGUUUGAGAAGACGUCUUGAUGGAACACGAGCUGUUUGCAUCAUGGCGUGUUUAAUUUUCCUCAUCUGUCUGGUCCGCAAACCCUCAGGAUUGCAUCCAAAGUGGUAUUCACAUGUUCUGCUCAAGCAGACCUGGCCAGAGGCGAAGAAGCAUUAUCCGCAGUGUGGGGUGAGGUAGGCCUGCUUGAUGUGGGUGGUUAAAUGUUCCAUGACAUUUUUUUUUUACAUUGACUGGGAAUUUUGGACUGCAGCAACCUAGGAACGUGUUUUCUUCACUGUUUGAUUCUGUGGAAACGCACGCAGAACUGCAACAGUCUGUCUGAAGCUCUGAAGCUGCUGCCAAAUCCUACAUAGGGAGAACUCCGUGUGUCCUGAUUACUGCUUAUGGCUGGCCUAGAGGACAUGUGAACUGAUCUACGAGGCCAUUAAUCAUCCUUCGCAGAUGUUGAGUAGGAAAGGUGUUUAUUUUGGGCUGCGGGACAACAAUAAUUCAUUGACUUAAGUCAGAAGACCCCAAUUCCUAUUUUUGUCUUUUAAUAUCUUCGCACACUUUUCAUCAGAACUCUACAAGCACAGAGGACGUUUUAAAGAAAUUACGGUGGGGAAACUGAUGCUUUAAAAACAUUUUAGUGUUUGUUUUUAAAGAAGGAACUCACUUCACCUGACAGGAGUAGGAAUUGUAACUGGACUGACUGCUAAUGGAUUAAAAACCCUGGACAUACAUGGACUUCCAUCAUUAAUUAUGCACAAAGGUUGCAACUGAAAAUUGUUUCAAUAUGGUUUUCGUAUGCAUUGGAGGAAAAAAAAAAAUCAUUCAGGUGUUAUUUCAAAUGAUUUGAUGACUCCAGUAUUGCUACUGAAGCGAAAAUAUCUGUCAGUUUUAUUUUUUAUUCCUGAGCUGUACUUGAACAUGUUCAUGCAUCAGAGGUUUUUGAUUUGCAAGCUAUAACUGUAUUGACACAUGCACAUCCUGGGUGGCCACAUUGUUUUUAUGGUACUAUGGUAGAAUUGCACUUUUCUGCAAGCUUGCUCACUGUUCAUAAAAAAACAAAACCCUGCACUUACUGUACGUUGUAGUCACUUGAAAAAGCGUCCACAUAAUGAGAGAUGCCAAAUACACGUGUUUCCACCUUUGCCUCAAUGAGCACUGACGGGAAGAGGCCCAUGGUUUGUACACAUCCUCUUAAGCAUGCAUGCACUUAAAUCACGGCUUGUAUUUUUAAAGAAGCAACACAAAAUACUUGUUUAUUUCAAGUGUGUUAUAGCAUUGCCUCUGCUUUGAAUUCAAAAACUUUUAAAGUGAGAAAAACCUCUGAAGUUUAAAAACAAACAUAUUUAAGAUUUUCUGAAGAAAAUUGAAUUAUAAUUGGUGAAGGAAUUAAAAAAAUAAUUAUUACAAACUGACAUGGAUAUAAAGUGUGUACAUGCUUUGUGUUAUAAGACAAAGGAAGAAAAAAGUUCCACUAUAAAAUGAAUGUGAUGGUAUUUAUAUGCCAAAAGACUGUGAGGGGAUGAUAUGCUUGUCUUUGUUUACAGUAUCUGAUAUUUACAUUCAUAAUAUGUGUUAAUGUUUAUUACAGCAUUGAUGUGUAAAUAUCAAAAACACACAGAAAUAUUCUGUGUAUAUAUGUAUAUGUAUAGUGUCAAUACAAAAUCAUCUGAAAAGGGGAUCCCAAUGUUGAUUAACCCUUUACUCUGUCAG